GCCUCAGACCAGACGACCUCCAGUGUGAGCGACCGCCGCCUGAACAGAGAGGGAACCAGUCUCACUAGCAGGGAGGCGGGAUUGUUGUUGCCAUGGCGUCGGCCAGUGAGAACGGGGAGCACGCGGAUCAGACGGUUCCCGACGGAGACGAGGAGGAGAGGAGCAUCAGAGGAGUCCAGUCUCAUUACCUCCGCUGCCCCUCCCCCAGUUUCUCCAAGGUAUCUGAGUCCAGGUUUUCCAUGAUCUCAGGCUCUGACGCCGCGAGCAUCUUCAUGGAGCCCAUCCACCUCUCCUCAGCCAUCGCCGCCAAGAAGAUCAUCAACGAGGAGCUGCCGCCUCGAAGCGUGCGUGCCGAGUCCGUCCCGGAGUCCAUGUUGGAAACCGCCGAGCAGCUGAUGGUGGAGGAUCUCUACAACCGGGUCAGGGACAUGAUCGACGACCGCAGCCCCUACAACACCCCCUGCGUGCUGGACAUCCAGAGGGCCAUGGUGCAGGACCGCCUGGAGGCUCCCGUCAACCCAGUGGACGAGGUGUUUUCCAACAUCUUCAUCGCAGAGAAAUCAGUCGCGGUCAACAAGGCUCGUCUGAAGCGAAUGGGCAUCACCCACAUCCUUAACACCGCCCACGGCACAGGGGUGUACACGGGCGAGUCCUUCUACGCCGGAAUGAACAUCCAGUACAUGGGCAUCGAGGUGGACGACUUCCCCGACGCCGACAUCUCAGUGCACUUCAGAUCCACCGCCGAGUUCCUGGACGAGGCUCUGCUGACGCACAGAGGAAAGGUUCUUGUGGUUUCCAUGAUGGGCGUCAGUCGCUCUGCUGUCCUGGUGGCGUCCUACCUGAUGAUUUUCCAACACAUGAGCAUCAUGGAGGCCCUGACUUCCAUGAGGAAGAAGCGCGCCAUCAACCCCAACGAAGGCUUCCUGAAGCAGCUGCGAGAGCUCAACGAGAACCUGAUGGAGGAGCGCGACGACGACGACGAAACACUCAGCCAGUGCUCUGUGAUCGACGCUCGCACCCGCGCUCGCAUCUUCAACGAAGACGGAGAUGACGAUGAUGAUACUGAUAAAGAGGAAGAGCAGAGUAUGAUCGGGGUAAAAGCUCAGUCCAUCAUGAUGGAGGAGGAGGAGGAUGGCGAAAGUGUGAUGAGCAGCGUUGCUUCCUCUGCAGCCGCCGCGGCGCUCAGGAGUGGAUUGAUUGGUGCGCAGAACGGGCCGGGCGGCCAGGGAUCAACCGCUGCUCAAGAGGAGAUUGUCCUACCUGAGGGCGAGGGCAAGGAGGACGAGGAGGAGGGGCUUGACGGUAUGAUCCGCGACUGGCAGAGGAGAAAUGAGAAAUACCAAAGUGAGGAGUGGUGGGAGGCGCAGCUCAACAGUGACGGGGAGGAGGAGGAGUCUCUUGCGGGCGGCCAAUCAAAGAAGAUGGCGGAAGGCGUAGAUGCAGAUGUGGAGAGCGUCACCAGCGAGGACGUACGAGCUGUGAAAGAGCGGCUGAAGCGUCGCAACAGACGCCCACCUUCAGACGCCAUGUCCACCUCCAGCUGCACGAGCUACUCUGACCUCUGGAAACAGCGGCUGAAGGAAAUCGAGGAACAAGCCGCCGCUCGCUACCGCAAGAAAGAGGACGACGAAGGCAGCGAGAGCACCGCCACAGAGGGAGGGAAGAAGAACAUCGAUGAGGAAGUGGAGAGUAUCCUCUCCGACACCAGCUCCAUGUACAACUUCUGCCAGAAAAACAAGGAGAAGAUGACGCCACUGGAGCGUUGGCGCGUCAAGCGGAUUCAGUUUGGCUGGAACAAGAAAGAUCGAGAGGAUGGAGAGAAGAGUUCUGUAGCAGAGGGAGAGAAAGGUGAGGGCGAGGGAGAAGCAAAGACACCAUCUUUCCAAGAUGUCAACCUGACGGCGUACCAGUCGUGGAAGCUGAGGCAGCAGAAGCGUCUCGGGGAAGAGAACACGAGCGAGAUUUUAGAGAUGAGUCGAGGCGAGGACUCGGCCACGGUCAAAAGGAGGCAACGACGCGAGGAGAUUCUGGAGCGUUCAAAGAAAACCUUAGAAGAAAGUCAGUCCAUGUGUGGCUGGGAGGCGGAGAGCUGCGUCAGCGGAGGUACGAUACCUCUCUCCGCCUUCUGGGCUGGAGCCGGGGUUGCCGGCCCACCGAGCGUCGCCAACGAUGACAACAUGUCCAUGCUCAGCGGCAGGUCGUCCGUCAUAUCCUCGGUUUCACAACCUCGUAGCACAAGAUCAGCACAAUCUGCAGUUCCACUCAAUCCCGUGUCCCCGGUUCCUCCCAUCCUCCCGGUGCCCACCGUCCAGGGCCCAGGAGGCGAGCCGAUGGUCAAUCUGGCCAGCAUCCAGAACUGGAUCGCGAACGUCGUCUCUGAAACGAUCAAACAGAAGCAGGACGAGAUGAGUCUGCCUCCUCCGUCACGCGCAGGAUCUGAGUUUAGCUAUGGCGGUGCAGGAAGUGUGGUUUCUGGCAGGGGAGUGGAAGAUGACCGAGCGUCCUUGUUGAGCGGCGCCUCCUACUCCAGCGCUCUGUCCCAGGGUCGUGGCAGGGCAGCAUCAGUCCUCUCAGGUGGCGGGUCCAGCAGCAUCUCAGGUCUCAGUGGUAGAGGUUCGGCACUGGGCUCCACCCUGGGCUCCACCCUGGGCUCCACCCUGGGCUCCAAGAAAAACAAGAUCACCACCACCAGCGUCCCCCUCUUCAGCCUCUUCCAAGACCAGGUCAACCUGGGCAAACUGGAUGCCAUGGACAAGGAGAUCAAGUCUGGGAUGAGAGACAAGAUGGCUACCUACGAAAAGAAGAAGAUCUUGGAGGACAACAAGCGCAGCACUAUGUACAAGAAAAAGAAACCGAAGGAGGAUGAAGAUGAGGAGGAGGAGAGAAAGAAGAAAGAGGAGGAGUUUCUUGCAGAGACAAAGAAAAAGGAGAAACCUAAGAGGAGUUACGGUCUCUCUGGGUGCCUGAAUCUCAACCCAGCCCUGGAGAAAGACAAGAACACCAGCGUCGACGACUGGCUGGAAAGCGUCCGGCCUCCUCAAAGGAAGAUGGACGCCGGUCCGUCAGAGGAUCCCUACGAUGAUCUCGAUGCCUCUGCUUCUGAAUUUGAUUUCUCGAGCCGCAGGGCGUCCUAUGCUGCCGGCGAGGAAGACGAGGAAAUGUACGGCUCCAGGUACAGAUCAAGGUUACGUGAGGAUCUGUCGAGUGAAGACGCAGAAUAUUCCUGCAACGGGUUCACGCAGUCCCACAGCUACAGCCAGGCGAGGAGGGCGUACGGGGCGUCCAACGACAGCGACGAGGGGGCGGAGAGCUACAGCGACUUCUCCACCAAGAGGAAGUUCGGUCACCAUUCACGAUAUGAGAGCAGCGGGACAGAAGGGAGGAGCGAUCGAAGGGCGGUGGCCAAUGCAGACGAGGAGGAGGAGGAUAUCGCCACCUUCAUCGCCCAAACCAGGCAGAGGAUCAGAGCUCGGGCGGCGGCGGAGGCCGAGGACGACGAGGUGCUCGCCGCUUGGAGAGCACAGCAAGACGCAAAGUCACACGGUCGGAGUGAAUCUUAGAAAACACCUGAUGCAGGGAGGUUUCUGCUGCAGCCAGUUUUAUCUGAAUGUCAUGAGAGAAACUCAUUUUUUUCAAAUUGUGAACAUCUGUAUUUACAAGUAUUUACAUCUGUAGGGAAAUACGCACCUUUACCUGCUCAUCAUGCAUCACAGUAUAACUACAAUGAAUGUUCAGAGCCUGUAUUCAUAUUAAUAAGUUCUCAGUUGCACCAUUGUUGAAUGUAACUCAUCAUGAAAUACACUAUGAAAUGUAUUUUCAUACGAGAUGAUGAAAGAAAAUCCUAUUUGUACUGUUCUAUUA